AUGCCAACUACCAUGGUGGCGAAACGAGCUCGUGUCAUGUGGUGGAUGAGGCUACACUCAGCUAUUCGAACCGCCUUAGCAUGCAUUAUAGUGGGGUGCGUCACCCUCUAUAGUCCACCUUCUCUUGCAAAGCAACUAGCAUUUCCUUCUUUUUCCUACGUGACGUCGAUAUUCAUAGUAUCCGACGCCACGUUAGGCCAUGCCCUAAGGGGAUGUUGGCAUGCAUGUCUUGCCACACUUCAAACCAUGCCACUUUCCAUGCUAGGCCUAUGGCUUCAUAAUUAUGUCGCCACCGACCACUACUCACCCGAGGUAGCCGCCCUCAUGGUGGCGGUGAGCGCGUUUUUGGUGGCAUUACCGGAGAGUACCGACUUAAUGUGCAAGAGAAUUGCCUUUGGACAACUUGUUAUAGUGUAUGUUGAUGCUGUUAUUCAUGGGCUUUAUGUCAAUUCUCCUGUGAUGCACCCUCUUAGAAUUGCUUUUAGCACUUUACUUGGAGCUUUGGCUUCUAUCUUAGCUUUGUUGCUACCCUAUCCUUGGCUAGCUUAUCAUGAGGUGAAAAAAUUAUACCAAAUUUAUGCAGAAAGUGCAACAGGAAGAAUAAAUUUAUAUUUGAAAGCCAUUCAUACACAAGAUGGUCAAAUAACCAUGGAGCUAAUUUCUCAAACAAAGCCCUUUACUGAUACAGGAACUAAGCUUCUUGAAACUAUCAAAUUCUUGGAGGAAGGUUUGCAAUGGGAGAAACCUUGGUUGAGAUACUUGAAUCACAAUUUCACAGAUCCAGGACUUGGUUUACAAAACAUGGAUGUAUCAAUGAAAGGAAUGGAAUUGGCUAUAACUUCUUGUCCAAUUUUUCCCACAAGAAUGAUAGAUAAAGAGCUUUUUAAAGUCACACAUCAUGUUAUGAUGUUUCUUGGUCAAAUAAUGGGGCAAGAUAGAUCAUUUUUACCACAUAAUUCAGUAACAGAAGGGGAGUUUGAGAAGGAGUACUCUUCUAGGCAUUCUAAUGAACCAAUCUUACCAACAAAACAAGAUCAAGCAGCACUCUUCUUCUUAUCUUGUUUCAGAAUGUGCAUGAGUGACUCUGAAACGAUCACACCUAUAAACGAAGGACUUAGAGCCACAACAGAAAGAAGUAGUAGUAGUAGUAGCACAUCGUGUUGCAGACGAGUCUGCAUUGAUAGGACUAUGCUAAUAAUCAAUGAGAGAAUGGUGGUAUUCGCGUUCAAGUGUUCAUUUUCAUUAGGACUGGCUGUGUUGCUUGGUCUGCUAUUUAAUAUUGAAAAUGGUUACUGGUCAGGCCUCACAAUAGCCCUCAGCUUUGUUACAAGGAAACAAGCAAUUUUCACAGAAGCAAAUGCAAGAGCACAAGGAACAGCUAUAGGAUCAGUGUAUGGUGUACUUGCCUGCACUAUUUUUCAAAAAGUCGCGCAAAUAAGGUUCUUAUCUCUUCUCCCAUGGAUAAUUUUCACCACAUUUUUAAGGCAUAGUAGGAUGUUCACUCAAGCAGGGGGAACAGCAGCAGUAAUAGGUUCACUACUGAUUUUAGGCAGAAAAAGUUAUGGUCCACCUAGUGUAUUCGCAAUUUACAGACUCACCGAGGCCUUCAUUGGACUAGCUUGUUUCAUCGUUGUUGAACUUAUCCUGCAACCUACAACUUCAGCAACUUUAGUAAAAAAAUAUCUCUAUCUAAUCCAAGGAACAAUCAAUGAAUGCACUAAACACAUGGUAGUUGAUUCAAGACAAAAGGGGUUAAUGGAGAAGCAAAGGAAUCUGAAAUCUCAAGUCCAAGACUUGGAAAAGUUCAUUAAAGAUGCAGUCUUGGAACCAAAAUUCUGGUUUAUUCCUUUUCCAAUUUCUUGCUACCAAAAGCUCCAAAUGUCUUUGUCAAAGAUGGCAGAUGUUCUGUUCUUCAUGUCCUGUGAUAUCGAAUUCCUCUCUCAAGCGUUCGAUAGGUAUUAUCCUGAUAAAAGGGAGCUUCAACAAUACAUAAACAACAACUUACAGCAUUUUAAUGAUGCUCUAAGCUCUUCAGUGAGCUCCUUUGAGAAAAUUAUUUCUAUCAGACUGUUAAAAACUUCUCAAAUCCAGCCAGAGCAGAAUAUAUUGAAUGAUCUUGAAGAAGGGAAUUCGUCAUGUCCAAGGGGGGAUGUAAUGUAUUCAAGAAACGACGAGGAGAUGGAGAUGAUUCUGAGUUCUUUUCUUCAGAACUCAAACGAGGUCCGUGGUAAAGUGAGGGACAUUGCAGGUAUAGAGCUUAGAGGAACGAUUGUCGGUUGUUUGUGUUCUUUAGAAUUUUGCAUGAGCUUUUUGGAGAGGGAAGUAAGAGACAUCGACAACGCGAUAAAAGAAUUGGUGAAGUGGGAAGAUCCUUUGGGUGAACCAAUUUGUUCAUAAGAAUCUGCUACAUGAUUCUUAAGUUACUAUAU